AUGAGAAAUUGGAAGCGGGCCCAGACAGUUGAACGUGUAUUCCCGCUCUCUGCAGAUUCAGUGCGCACCCUCCAGCACCGACGUCUUUCACAUCUCACCUUUAACGUCCCUGGCAAAACAUCUCAUCUGCUGAGUAUCCCCCGCCUCACCUGCAUUUUCUCGCCGCAGUGCAGUCCCACAAUGCCUUGCACUUGCACCGCCAUUGAUGUCUUCCAAGAAGACCAACUCGAAAAUGAGUGCCAGCUGAUCUCCAUGCAAGAUCCCUUUACCGAUUCCCACGCGACGCCUCACUACCAGCCGAGACUUCCUCUACGCCCGACGCAUCUCGCCCUCGAUCUCUCAUUCGACAUUCGCUCGCGCACCGUCAAGGGACGCGCUACGCAUACUGUUACCGCGCAGUGGCCCGGGGCGAGAACGCUUUCUUUGAACGCCGAGGACUUUACUCAAGUGAAGGUUUCUUCACCGAAUGACGAUCACGUUACGCAUACGUAUAACGGACACGUCAUUGAUAUCGUCUUCACCUUGCCGUUUUCGAAGGGGCAGGUAAUAGAAAUUCAUGUAGACUAUUGUGUGACGGAUCCAAUUGAUGGGCUUUUGUUCUCACGGAAGGGCGAUGGUCAUUUCGUUGUGAGUGAUCAUGAGACGGAGAGGGCACGGUAUUGGCUUCCGGUCGUCGACCAUCCCGUCGUGCGCACCACCAUCUCAUUUACGCUGCGAACGCCCGCCGCGGAAGACCUUACUGCGCUCGCGAAUGGCGAGCUCGUUUCAGAGGAGACCAGCGACUCUGUGAAGGUCACAACCUGGGAAAUGAAGCAGAUUACGCCGAGCUACUUGCUCUGUGUGGCGAUUGGCAAGUUCAUUAGAGCCGAUGGCGGGAAACACAGCGGCAAGAAGAUUGCCUAUUUCGCGCCCUCGGGAGGUCGACAUGCGUACACAGUGGGAGACCUUGCGCUGACAUUCGGGCAGACGAAGGAAAUGAUCGAAUUUAUGGAGGGCAAGGUGCAUUGCAAGCUGCCGUGGCCAAAGUACUACCAGUGGGCUUGCGGCGAGGUAGGGGGGGCCAUGGAGAAUAGUUCAUUAGUUUCUUAUGAUGAGUGGUAUAUGCUCGAUGAAAGAAGCACAAACGAACGUGCUCAUAGAGUUUCCUCUACUAUUGUGCAUGAACUGGCUCACAGUUGGUUCGGAGAUUUGGUGGUCUGCGCAGAUUUUUGUCACAGUUUUUUGAAGGAAUCGUUUGCCACUCUCAUUUCCGCAGAAUGGUAUCAUUAUAAGAAUGGUAAUGAUGACUUCCAAUACACCCUUGCGCGAUAUAGUGAAGUGUCGUUUGCAGAAACUUUGGAAUACGUCCGACCGAUUGUGAAUCGAAAGUACGAAAGCUCAUGGGACGUUUUCGAUAGACAUCUUUACACGAAUGGCGCUUGGAGGCUUCAUAUGUUGCGGGUGAAACUUGGUGACGAAAUUUUCUGGAAUGCCGUCUCCUUUUACCUACACAACAGGAGUUGGCAAACGGUAGAAACUGAUGACUUUCGGAAAGACCUUGAAAAAUUCACUGGGGAGCAGCUUUGCUCGUAUUUUGAGCAGUGGUUUUAUAGCAAAGGCCACCCAGUACUCGAGGCUUCAUAUUCCUACGAUUCGUCAAAGGGUGGACACGCAAGUGUCUCUUUGAAACAAACACAAAUGGAUGACAAGAAAGGCGUAGGUCUCUUUGAUAUUUCGGUGGAAUUUGCUGUGGAGGUAAAUUCUGGAGGUUGGGAAUCCCACACUAUUGCACUACAGUCUGGGGCGGCGACAGGCCAGUUUAUCAUGAGGUUGCACAACAAACCUCUGCAAGUCGUCAUUGAUCCACAGAAAAAGGUACUUCACAACCUGACAAAGUUCUCCGGUUUAGGUGAGGAUAUGUCCCUGCGUUCCUUGACUAACGCUCCAACGUUCGCGGGGCGUCAUCAAGCAGUGAAGUUACUACACGAAUCUGGUUCGAAGCGUGCACGUAGCGCUCUUGCAGAAGCUCUAAAAGAUGAGAAGCAUUGGGGACUUCGUUGCAUAAUUGCAGAGAAUCUCGGGAAGGCAGCUCAUUUGAGUACACUACCAGCUCUGAUCGACGCUGCAUUUUCAGAGCCGGACGCGCGCGUUGUUCCAGCAAUAUUGACUGCAGUUGGAGAAUAUAGGCACACGUCCGCGGAAACGGCCCUGCUGAAGUUUGUGAAAGAGGGGCAUGAAAUGAUGCGACCAUACGGGGCUAUAGGAACGGCACUUCGAGGAUUGGGGAAAACAAGAAAGCUUGAGUACUUGGACCUAUUCACUUCCUUCCUUGAAGACCCAGUGAAACAUGGCAAGGGUUUUGAAAUUCCUCAAUCGGCCGCCAUUGCGCUUGGACAAUUAAGAGACUGGAAAGCUACAGAAGUGCUCAUGCGCAAUGUAGACCCGCAGAACUUCAAGUUGGCGCCGCGCGUGAGGGGUACGGUAAUUCGUGCUAUCGGACAAGCUGUGACUUGGGAAGGACCUGCAGCGAGGAUGAAGGCGUUUGAAUUUGUGGAGAAGAUCUGUCGGAACAGUGAUGCGGCGAAGCCGAUGCGCGAUGCAGCUGGGAGUGUGCUGGCGAUCCUAGCAGACGCAGGGAGUCCAUCGAAGGCGCUAGAGGACCUCGAAAAGCUCAGCAGCAAUCAGGACAAAUCGAAGAUUCGUUCAUUCCGGAGGCGCGCCAAGCGUGCAGCCAAUGGCCGUGAAGGUGCAAGCAAAGCCAUGAGCACGCAAUUUGAGAAGCUGCAAUCCGAGCUGAAAGAACUGAAAUCCAAAAUGGACGAUAUGCAAUUUAAAAUGGAUGCCAUGAAGGUGAAUAAGGAAAAGGCAAAUGGCGGCGAUACACCAUGCAGCGAUGCCGUACCAGUUAGUACUGGAGAGUCCGUGUCGCAGUAGUAAAUGUUUUGUGCAACCUUGCACGUAGCAGCAUGCAUCAGAGCAAAACAGACAGUGAGAACAGGUUUUCGACGCGUCUCGAGUGGGAGCAUUUGAACAGUUUGAAAGAGGGCGUAUUUGCUCGUGGGGUACUGUUGUUUGCGAAGGUACGAUAUGCACUGACACGCAUGCGCCGUCACAUGUUCUGCCAUGAUCUUUACAAGGGCCCAAACACCUGUGCCCACGUGCCAAGAAAUGGCAUGAGGAUGUGCAAGAGCCAUCUUGAUUACCCUGGUUGAGUUUCAACCUAGCUGUAGAGGACAAGUUUUUUCUUACGGUCACGUGACAAUGCCUCUGUCAUUGACGAUCACACAGUGUAUAAAAAGCGCAAGUACAGCAGUCGAACAGUUU